GCGUGGAUGCCAUUUUGAAGCUCACCACACGUUGGAGAAAUGAACUGAGGUGGAGCUCCCCUGUCCCAUGAUGGAGGAAGGGGCGUCCCUGCCCGUGGCUGAAUGGCUCAGAGCCCUUCACCUGGACCAGUACCUGGAGAGCUUUGAGAAGAAUGACCUCUGGAAGGUGUCGGACUGCAGGAACCUGACGGAUGAGGCGCUGACCCGGAUCGGGAUCGUGCUGCCAGGCCAUCGCAAGCGCAUCCUCCUUGGGCUCCAGAAGGCCUUCAUGGAGAGUCCGCCAGCCACGGAGGGGCCUGUGGUAGCAGCGAGGAGGCCGGUCCCCAUGAAACGCAACAUUUUCCGGGUCAGUGCGGAUGCCGUGACCACCCAAGCAGAGCCGGAGCUCAAAGGUGACUUGGUCACGCCAGCCAGCAGGAAGUCUCCUCUUCUCACAGAGCUGGAGAACCCUGCCGGCCUCAGCCAGGUGCCCCCACCCAUCCCCCCCAGACUGGGGUGUCGCCCUCCCGUCAAGUUCUCCUCAGCGUCAUCUCCUGUCUCUGCCGAACUGUCCCCCACUGUCCCCUGUCGCUCCGAACCGCCCCCCUUCACUGACUUUGCCCCUCCGCUGCCCGCUCCUCUGCCAGCUAGAGACAAGCUCUCUCUGGGGCCAGCGGUCCCUGAAGGGAAGGGGAAACCACCGCUGCCCCCUUUGCCCAUGAAACGCCACCAGCUGGAGACCAAGCCCCUCUCCCUCAAGGUGCCCCCCCUGCCAAGCCGACCGCCCUUGCUGCCACCAAGGGCUUUGUCCCAGAGGACGGCCACCAGCUUUCCUGAUAGAGAGGAAUGCCAAGCCCCUGAGCUGGUGCCUAUUGUCCCACCCCCUCUGCCUCCUGUCCCUCCCCCUCUGAAACCACAACAAGAGAGCCCCCCGGAACUGCCUUCCAGACCAGUCGAUCUCCUCCUGCCAGAGUUCGAUGACUCUGACUAUGAAGAACCCCCGUGGGAGGAGGAAUUGGCAGCUACCGCAGGAGAAAUGAGUGACAAGGACGAUGCCGAGACCAUGAGAGGGCGGCUGCGCUCGGAGCGAGUCAACAGCCUGUUCAGCGAGGACGAGCUCAUUGAAGACUAUUACGACCAGCCGGCUGCCAACGACAGCAGCUGUUGGAAUGACUAUGGCUUGAGCACCCUGCAGUCCAGCGGCACCGUCUCCUCCCGCAGCUCCAGCAUGCACAGCGGCAGCACAGAGGGGUUGGACGCCCCCGCCCAGCUCUUACCCAUCAUCAAAGCUGGGUGGCUGGACAAGAACCCGCCCCAAGGCUCAUACAUCUACCAGAAGCGCUGGGUGAAGCUAGAUGCCGACUACCUCCGCUAUUUUGAUAGCGAAAAGGACACGUACUCCAAGCGCUUCAUUCCGGUGACCUCAAUAGCCCGCGUGGCCAGCAUCGGGGACCAGAAAUUCGAGGUGAUCACUAACAACAGGACCUUCGCCUUCCGGGCUGAGAGCGAUGCGGAUCGUAACGAGUGGAUGAGGACCCUCCAGCAGAUGGUGGACGAGCGGAAGUUCAAGGGCUUGAAUAGGAUAUCCCUGUUCCAGCCGCCCACCGGCGCCUUGGACUCGGUGGACAAGUGCGGGCUGCUGGAGCUGCGGGGCUUUAAGAACAAGCUGUACGUGGUGGUAGCUGGAGAUAAGGUUUUCCUGUACAAGAACGCUGAGGAUUAUCGACAGGGGAUCGGAAUCACUUACAUUGAGAUGAAUGUGGGGAAUGUGAAGGACGUGGACAGAAGAGGAUUUGAUCUGACGACGCCUUACAGGAUCUUCAGCUUCUCGGCAGACUCGGACCAGGAGAAGGACGAGUGGGUGGAGGCCAUGCAGCAGUCCAUCGCCGAGGCCCUCUCCAACUCAGAGGUAGCAGAGAAGAUCUGGUCGGUGGAGGCAAACCGGUUCUGCGCAGACUGCGGGUCGCCCAAACCCGACUGGGCCUCCGUCAACCUUUGUGUCGUCAUCUGCAAGAGAUGCGCAGGAGAACAUCGGGGGCUGGGGCCGAGCAUCACCAAAGUGCGGAGCCUGAAGAUGGACAGAAAGGUGUGGACGGAGGAGCUGAUCGAGCUGUUCUGCCAGGUUGGGAACUGCGUGGCGAACCAGUUCUGGGCAGCCAACGUGCCCCCCAGCGAGGCCAUCCACGUGGCGAGCGGGAGCCAGGAGCGGAGACGCUUCCUCAUAGCCAAGUACAAGGAGGGCAAGUAUCGGCGCUACCACCCACUCUUCGGGAACCAGGAGGAGCUCAACAAGGCCCUGUGCGCUACGGUGACGACCAGCGACUUGGCUGAAACUCAGUCCUUGGUGUUCUGCGGGGCGGAGGUGAGCUGCUUCUCCGGGGACCCCGACUUCCCGAACCCCAUCGCCUUAGCUGAGCAGGCUGGACAGAAGCUGCAGAUGGAAUUCCUGCUUCAUAACAAAAGCUCAGAGAUCCCGCGGGUGGAAGCGGGGAACAGCGAGGAGAAGCAGUACUCGGUGAUCCUGCCAUCCGUCACUCACAACGGCUUCCUCUACAAGACGCCCUCCAUGGCCAAGCUGGUGCAUGAACGGAAAUCCCGGGAAGAAUUCAGCCGCCGCUGGUGCACCCUCAAUGACAGCAUCUUCAGCUACUACGAGAACGACCGCAACGCCGUGCCUAACGGCGAGAUCAAGAUGGAGGAGAUUGUGUGCCUGGUGAACAACCCGCCUGACACCCACGGGUUUGAGAGCACAUUUGAGAUCUACAUCGAAUCGGAGAGACUGUACCUCUUUGGGCUGGAGAACCCGGAGGCCAUUCGGAAGUGGGUCAAGUCCAUCGCCAAGUCCUUCAUCCACCCCCGAGCGGACGAGCUGCUGAGUCACGACUUCGAGCGGAUCGGACGGCUGCAGUACAAGGGCGGCCUGAACUUGGCGCGGGCCAAGGAGGGCUGGUUCGCCCUCACCCAGUCCGUCCUCUACGCCUUCUUCGAGGACAGUGACAAGGAGGAGGCUGUGCACCUGAAGAAGCUGCAAGAGCUCUCCGUCCAAGGGGACAGUCUGGUUCUGGUGGAGAGAAGAAGGACGCUGUACAUCCAAGGGGAGAGGAAGCUGGAUUUCUUGGGCUGGGUGGCUGCCAUCCAGAAGGCUGCGGGGAGCUCCGGCGACACGUUGUCCGAGCAGCAGCUCACGGAGUCGGACAUUCCCGUCAUCGUAGACAGAUGCAUCGAUUACAUCACGCAGUGCGGGCUGACCUCGGAGGGGAUCUACAGGAAGAGCGGCCAGAACUCCAAGACCACCAGCCUGCUGGAGAUGCUCCGAAAGGACGCACGCAGGGUCCGGCUCAAGGAAGGGGAGCACCAGGUGGACGACGUCUCCAACACGCUGAAGAGGUUCUUCCGAGACCUCGGGGAUGGGCUCUUCACCAAAGAGUUCUGCCAGGACUGGCUGAAGGCAGCAGCGAUUGACAAUGAGGAGGAGAAGAUCGGCCAGUACCGCCAGCUCCUGAGCAGCCUCCCCGUGGUGAACAGAGCCACCGUCAAAGCGCUGAUCAACCACCUGUACCGGGUCCAGUACUUCUCCGAGAUGAACCAGAUGAACACACACAACCUGGCGAUUGUCUUCGGGCCGACGCUCUUCCAGACGGAUGGGAAGGACUACAAGGCGGGGCGCGUGGUGGAGGAUCUCAUCAGCCGCUACGUGGUCAUAUUUAGCGUGGACGAACAAGAGAUGAGGAAACAGCAGGACGAGAUCACAGCCAUCAUCAAGAUGCGGAUAGCCGGCUCGUCCAGUGGAACCCAGCAAGCCGGGGACUUCAUCUGCACAGUGUAUCUGGAGGAGAAGAAGACAGAAGCAGAGCAGCAUGUCAAGAUCCCAGCCACCAUGACGGCAGAAGAGCUGACCUUCGAGAUCUUGGAGCGGAGGAAAAUCGAUACGAAGGAGAAGGAGUACUGGAGCUGCUUCGAAGUGAAUGAGAGGGAGGAAGCAGAGCGGCCCUUGCACUACUCUGAGAAAGUCCUGCCUAUCUUGCACGGCCUGGGGACGGACAGCUACCUGGUGGUGAAGAAGCAGCUGUCCAUGGAGAACAUGCUUAUCUAUCUAGCCAGCAGAGUGAGCGACAGCAAGCACGGCAUGAUGAAGUUCCGGGAGGAGAGGAACCUGCUGGGGCUCGGGCUGAGCACGGGCUUCCACGACCGGUACUUCAUCCUGAACAACAGCUGCCUGAGGCUCUACAAGGAAGUGCGGAGCUUGAAGCAGCGGAUGCCUGCCGUGGAAAACAGCCACAGACCGGAGAAAGAGUGGCCAGUCAAGAAUCUGAAAGUCUACCUGGGAAUUAAGAAGAAACUUCGCCCUCCAUCCUGCUGGGGAUUCACGGUGUUCUAUGAAAACGAGAAGCAUGAAAAGCAACAGUGGUACCUGUGCUGCGAUACGCAGAUGGAGUUGCGGGAGUGGUUCGCAUCCUUCCUCUAUGUACAGAAUGGUGGGAACGUGUGGCCCUCUGAAUCCUCCAAGGUGCGGGCGUCGCGGACGCAGCAGGACUCCAGGUUGGGUAACAUCUCGCUCAUCCCUCUGCGGGGCAAUGAGAAUGAGAUGAGGAACAGUGUGGCUGCUUUUGCUGCUGAUCCGCUAACUCUUCUUCGAAACGUAUGAGCCGGAGGCCUAACACGUCAGGUCCGUUUGUGAGAGGGGGGGAGGCAGCCUGAGAGCCCAGGAGCGCACAAGUCACGUCACGUUGCCCCUGCUCGCCCAGCGGGGUCUGCGCGGAGACCGGGGGGGCUCUCUGAAUGCGUGCCAGCCCCUUGAGCCAAUCCUCUUUCUACGGCAAAGCCAACAGCAGCCGCAAAACAAUAAGCAACCGUGUUUGAUUUAAGGAAAAUGAAUCCAUUGGCAAAGAGCGUGGGACCCCGGAGCUGCUUCUAAAGGGUUAAUUAUUCAAGCGGACACCGUUUCAUCGGUCAUCUCGUUGGCCGGCCGUGCCGUGAGCAGCCGAACCCCAGAGACGGGGCAGGGGAAGCUGUGCUGGGACGGACCGUUCUGGACCCAUCGCUUCACCUGGGAGUGUCUUUCUCCCCCAUCACCAGCUGCUUCUUGCUUCUUCUUGGGUCCUGAAUUAAAACUGGAAGGGCGCAGGCUGGGAUGGCCCCUCUCUGGUGCCAGCUGCUGCUCCGGGAGGGGUAGGGGCUGGGGGCACUCUUGCUUUCUGUAAAAUCUCUCUCUCUAUUUGAAACCGCAAGCCACGGAAAGGCGGCAAGGGCCAUCCAGGCAGAGACUUUCUCGCGAGGGUGCUUCUGCUGGUGGAAGCAUUAAACCUUCCCAAGGAGGAGCGGCGGGCUAACCCCGGCCGUUCUGUAUCACUACGUUGGAGAAGGGCUGAAGACGACCCACAGGGGAGUGGAUCGAAGGCUCCCAUCUCCGCUGCUGGCCCCUCAGAGCCACACGCCGCUUCUCUCCUUCUCCCAGGCUGCCCGAUCCCGUGACCACAUGGGCCUUUCGGGCAAAAGCUUCGCAAGCAGGGCCUUAGAGUGGGGAGAGUCCAGCGCCCAGCCGUGGGCAUGUGGAGAUGGCUGAGUGGAGCCACAGCUGGGACAUGUGGCGUGAGGGACCCUAGUGGAAGCAGCAAGAGACUGGGGCGGGGGGUGGGGGGCAUGGGACUCUGGACCAGCCUGAAGUUGAGCUUGGAGUGGGGCCGUUUGUCCUGGGUGUCUAUUGCCUCGUGGUGUAUAGGAAACUGCAAUCUGUGGCUGCGGGCAGGGAGAGGGGCCAGCGCUGUCCUGUUCAACAGCGUCUUUGGUUAUUGUUAAUAUUAAAUGCCUGGGGAAGUCCGUGUGAUGGUGUCCCAGUGAUUCCGGGCUGCAGGGCAAGGUGAGGGGCUGGCAGCUUGAAUGCAUCAGGCCGAUGUCGGGGAUGGCCUGUUACCCCCGGGCUGCAAGCUGAGAUAAAGGGGCAAAGAACCGUGGUCUUGGGGCUGCAGGCCGAGGUGAGGGAGCUGGGGUGGGGGGGGGUGAGGGACAGUUGCUUCCGCUAGAGGUGAAGAUGGAGGAGCAUGAGCUCAUUGUUUUAGGGCCCCAGGGCAAGACAGAGGAGCAGUGACCCUCGUCAUCGGGACGUUAAGUUGGGACAGAGAGAAAGAGGCCAGCUUCUGUCUCCCUCAGUGUUCAAAAGUGGGUGCGCAGAGAGCUGAGCGAUCUGUCGCUAAUGCACGGAUCAGGCAAGCCAGAAUGUUCCCCAGUUGACUAGCUAUAUGGGAGAAUUCCUCUGUUUAAUAGCCUCCCUUUUCUUUAAAAGUCGAGGAGAUUCUAGACAAAAAAAAGAUGUUAAAAGACUAUUACAUCUGCAUGGUCAAGCACCCAAAAGUCAGGAAAUGGCAAAAGUAAGGUUAUCCAGGCAACCUUAACUCUGCCCCUUGAACAUGUGCAUUAUAGUAUAGUGUUUAAUGAUGUGAUCACAUGCCAUUUUCUCUGCAAACCCUCUGCCCCAUUCCUUGUUUGGUGAAUGAGGCAGGGACCACACAGUGAACAGCUGUCUCGUUUGCUGCAAGCCAGGCAGCUUGUGCCCUGAAUGAGGCAGGUGCUGCGGGAAACCAGCGUGUGAUCCUGUAACUAAAGCGUGUAUUGUGAUCCAUACCCAAGGGGAAGAGUUAAGGUUAUGUAGCAAUCUGUAACCAUGUAACCUUAACAUAAGCGUCUUUUUGAUAUGGAAUAGAGUAGUAAUAUUCUGUCUACAUAUAGCACCUUUCAGCUGGGGAUGGCAGAGCACUUUACAAAGGAGGAUAAGGGUAAUGUUGCUCUUUCUAUCAGGGCAGAUGAUUAACAGGGAAUGAAUGCUAAGAGUAACUGAGUCCCCCAGGGGCUGAGAGAGAGAGAGAUAAAGAGACCCACUCAGGCCGCAGAGAGACAGGCACCAGAGUUGAAAGCUAUUCUGGUUGGAGAAGAAGCUGGAAGCAGCUCACUGCUCCGCUUGGCGAAAGAUUGAGACCCCUGUUCAUGCCUUGUGGGCAUAAAAUGGACUGAAGUUGGGGCCCCUAGGUGCUGCUUGGGGUUUUACACUCUGUGUCGUAUGCGUUGUGGAUGGGAGAAGUCCAACUAUUGAAGAGAGAUGGUCAGGCACCGGAUUUUCCGUUCGGUAGAUCUUUUUUUCCCUUUCUGUUCCUAAAUGGAACAAAACCAAAAAACGUUGACAUUUCCCGCAAUAUGAAAUUUCAGGGGGAAAAAAAUAGUUUUCGGUCAAUUUGAAACAUUUCGUUCCGACUUCAACUUUUUCAAUUUGCUACGACGUCAUCUAAGAUAAAAUAAAGAAAUGGAAAGUUGUUUCCAAAGGAGA